CUUCUUUGCUGACCAAAGGAAGAUCACUCAUUCGGAGAUUGUCGAGAUGGCGGAAUACUACAUGCCUGCCGACAUGGCGCUGAUCAAGCGUGUGAUGACUGCCCAUGGAGUUGUGGCUUCUCUGUCCUGGGCUGUGGUCAUGCCGCUUGGCGCCAUUGCUAUGCGAAAGGUGCCUUCGAGUAAGGCGUGGUUGAUGCAUGCCGCCAUCAUGACCCUCGGACUGUUGAUGUGGACAUCUGCAUUCGCAAUGGGUCUCUGGGAUGUGGCACAAUGGAAAUCAGAUGUCAGCAAAUUCAUGCACACCAUCAUCGGAACGGCCGUCUUCGCUUUCGCCUGGCUGCAACCCAUCCUCGGAGUAGCACACCAUUACAUGUGGGCAAAGACACACAAGCGCACUUUGGUCUCCGCCCUCCAUGUCUAUUUCGGCCGCUUGCUCAUCAGCGUCAGCAUGGUCAACGGAGCUAUUGGGUUGUCCAUGGCAAAUAUCGAAGGACCGAAGAAGUGGGCGUAUGGUGUGCUGGUCGCAUUGAUUUGGAUCGCCUACACCAUGGUCAGCCUCGAUUGGGACGUCAAGCGAGACAACCAAGGCCAAUGGGCUCUGAGAAGGCUUCAGGAUCCAAUCAGCUCGCGCUCCAGCAAGGAUCAGGUGUCGGUUAUUAAGUCUGAAUUGUCGUAGUGGGGACGGAGAAUAUGAGUGUUUACAGAUGGAAAACAAGAUACCAGGAAUGAGAAUCCUUUUCCACGGAG